AUGACGUCGCUCGUGUUGCCGUUGACAUUUCUCACGCUCCUCGUCGCGUCGACGACGGCGACAGCGAUCGCGUCGACGAGUUCGAUGAUGAAUACAACGACGACGACAAAGAGGAACGUUGUCAAUGGAAGAGAGAACGCUAUCGCGUUCCUACGCAAGUACGGUUAUCUAAAAGAUGACGUAGAUAACUCGUUGAUUUGCGAGAGCGCGUUGAGUCACGCUGUCUCGCUUUUUCAGGAAUUCUACGAUCUACCUAUAGAUGGUGAAUUAAACGUGGAAACGAUGCGCGCAGUGAACAGACCGCGUUGCGGUCAAGACAUCGAGACGCGUCACUCGAACAAGGAGCAUAUAUACAAGUGGUCGACGAAUCAUCUUACAUGA